AUGAAUAUUGUCCUUCUGCUAUGUGUCAUCAUUCUCGCAGAUUUUAAAGUUGAAGCAUUAUCAUAUGAUUAUAGUGCCAGUAUUGAAUGUUUGGCACAACCACAGAAGCCUCUAUAUAAUGGAGGAAUCAUUCAAAACCCAGAACUGAAUGAUGGAUUAAAAGGUUGGACAACAUUUGGGGAUGCAAAAAUAGAGCAUAGAGAAUCAUUAGGCAACAAAUAUGUGGUAGCUCAUAGCAGAAAUCAAUCACAUGAUAGUGUCUCUCAAAAGAUUCACCUACAAAAGGGAUUGCAUUAUUCUUUAUCUGCUUGGAUACAAGUCAGUGAGGCAGAUGUUCUUGUAACAACAAUGGUCAAAACAACCAAAGAAUAUAAAUUUGGUGGUGCAAUUUAUGCUGAGCCUAAUUGUUGGUCUAUGCUUAAGGGUGGUUUCACAGCAGAUACAACAGAAGUAGCUGACCUCUAUUUUCAGAGCAACACUACUUCUGCGGAAAUUUGGAUCGACAAUAUUUCCUUGCAACCAUUCACAGAAAAGGAAUGGAGUUCUCAUCAAGAACAAAGUAUUGAAAAGGCUCGCAAGAGGAAAGUAGUAGUCCAAGCAGUUGAUAAACAAGGACAACCUUUACAAAAUGCAAGUGUAAAUGUUACAAUGAAUAGAUUGGGGUUUCCAUUUGGAAGUGCCAUAAACAAAAACAUUCUGACAAACAGCGCAUAUCAUUAUUGGUUUGCACCUAGGUUCACAGUUACAUCAUUUGAAGAUGAAAUGAAGUGGUACACAAACGAAUAUGCACCAGGCAAGGAGAACUACUUUGAAGCCGACCAAAUGCUACGGUAUGCAAAGAAACACGGCAUUUUUGUUCGAGGCCACAACAUAUUUUGGGAUGAUCCUCGUUACCAACCUAAUUGGGUUUCUUCACUUUCACCGAGCCAGCUUAACGCUGCGGUCCAAAGGAGAAUGAAUUCCAUUGUGCAAAGAUACAAGGGUCAACUUAUUGGUUGGGAUGUUGUUAAUGAAAAUCUACAUUUCUCAUUCUUUGAAAGUAAACUUGGACAAGAUUUUUCAACAAGGAUGUAUAAUCAAGUUCACAACAUUGAUCCACAAACUACAUUGUUCUUGAAUGAAUAUAAUACCAUUGAGGAAAGUAGAGAUGGUUUAUCAAGCCCAUCAAGGUAUAUCCAGAAGAUAAGACAAAUCCAAAGUUCGAAUAGACAAUUGCCUCUUGCGAUUGGACUUGAGUCUCAUUUUCCUAGUAGUCCUCCUAACUUGCCUUACAUGAGAGCUUCCCUUGAUAUCCUUCGUUCCGCUGGUUUUCCAAUAUGGAUUACUGAGUUAGACGUCGGAAGCCAACCUAAUCAAGCAGGGUACUUUGAGCAGGUUCUUAGAGAGUUACAUUCUCACCCAGGUAUUCGAGGAAUUGUAUUGUGGACUGCGUGGAAACCGAGCGGUUGUUAUAGGAUGUGUUUGACAGAUAACAACUUCAGGAAUUUGCCUACAGGUGAUGUUGUGGACAAACUGCUUAAAGAGUGGGGGAAAACAACAAUAUCAGCAAUGACAAACGAAAAUGGAUUCCUCGAGACCUCCCUUUUUCAUGGAGACUAUGAAGUGGAAAUUAGUCAUCCUGUAAAGAAGAAUCAUACUUUCAGUCAUAAGAUACAAGUUCUUUCGGAAGAUGAGUCAGGGGAAACAAGACAAUUUAUAAAACUUUCUGUUUAG